GCCUGCAGAUCAUCUUCCCUCCAUACCUGCAAGAGAAGUUUGUCCAGUCGGCCCUGAGCUACAUCAUGUGCAACGGCGAGGGCGAGUACGUGUGCCAGAACAGCCAGUGCCGAUGCCAGUGUGCCGAGGAGUUCCCACAGUGCAACUGCCCCAUCACCGACAUCCAGAUCAUGGAGUACACGCUGGACAACAUGGCCAAGUCCUGGGCCGAGGCUUACAAGGACCUGGAGAAUUCAGAUGAGUUUAAAUCGUUUAUGAAGCGUCUGCCCAGCAACCACUUCCUGACCAUCGGGAGCAUCCAUCAGCACUGGGGCAACGACUGGGACCUGCAGAACCGCUACAAGCUCCUGCAGAGCUCCAUGGAGGCCCAGCGGCAGAAGAUCCAGCGCACCGCCCGCAAGCUCUUUGGCCUCAGCGUCCGCUGCCGCCACAAUCCCAACCACCAUCUGCCUAGAGAGAG